CUCUUCCUCCAGCUGAGUUAAUGGCGGUUGUACACCUUUAACGAUAGUAUUUGCCAGCCUCCAUUUAACAAAGCGAGGAAGCUGCAGCAGCAGCAGCGCCUUGCGUCCAAUGACAGCAGCAUAAAUACUACAGCAGGUAGCAGCCAGCGAGCCGAGAUGUCCCGAGAACUGCUGGUUGUACAGCGAGCCAGGAAGUCCUUCCAGACGGGGAAGACCAAGCCUCUGGAGUACAGAAUCCACCAGCUGAAGAACCUGCUCCGCUUCAUCUCGGAGAGACAGAGGGACAUUGCAGAGGCGGUCAAACAGGACCUUGGCAAGAGUGAAAAUGGGACCCAGCUGUUUGAGACACUGGGAGUGGAGGGAGAGAUCAAUCUGGCUAUAGAGAAACUGUCAGAAUGGGCAGCCCCACGGAUAAUAGAGAAGAACCUCCUCACCAUCUCUGAUGAGGUUUAUGUGCAGCCAGAGCCUCUGGGAGUUGUGCUCAUCAUUGGAGCCUGGAACUACCCGUGGGCCAUUACCCUCCAGCCGCUGGUUGGCGCUAUUGCUGCUGGUAAUGCAGCGGUAAUAAAGCCAUCUGAGGUCAGCUCUCAAUCUGCCAAGGUCAUGGAGGAACUGCUCCCCCUGUAUCUGGACAAUGACCUGUACCCAGUGGUGACGGGUGGAGUGUCAGAGACCCAGGAGCUGCUGAAGCAAAGAUUUGAUCAUAUCUUCUACACUGGCGGCAGCGCCGUGGGUAAAAUAGUUAUGGCGGCUGCGUCUUGCCACCUCACCCCGGUGACCCUGGAGCUGGGAGGGAAGAGCCCCUGCUACAUUGACAAGAAUUGUGACAUUCGUGUUGCAUGUCGACGCAUCACAUGGGGAAAGUUUGUUAACUGUGGCCAGACGUGCAUUGCUCCAGACUUCAUCCUGUGUGAGGCCUCCGUCCAGAGCCAAGUAGUAGAAGAGAUCCAAAAGUGCAUCAAGGAGUUUUACACAGAUAAUCCAGAAACGUUUGAGGACUAUGGACGCAUUAUAAACCAGCGGCACUUUAAGAGACUCAUGGCUCUGAUGGAGGGGAGCACAGUUGCUGUUGGUGGAGACAGUGAUGAAUCCCAGUGCUACAUAGCCCCCACUGUGUUGAAGGAUGUGACGGGGGAUUCUAAAGUGAUGAAGGAGGAGAUCUUCGGACCGCUGCUGCCAAUCAUCACUGUUAGCGGCACAGACGAGGCCAUCCAGUUUAUUAACGCGAGAGAAAAGCCUCUGGUUAUAUACGUCUUCUCCCAUGACAACAAGCUGAUCAAAAGGAUGAUCGCAGAAACGUCCAGUGGAGCUCUGCUGGCGAACGACUGUCUUGUACACUUCACUGUUAGCGCUCUGCCCUUUGGAGGAGUUGGUAACAGCGGGAUGGGUUGUUACCAUGGUCGGCACAGCUUCGACCAGCUCAGCCACCUGCGCAGCUGUCUGAUCAAGCAGCUGAAGAUGGAGGGAGUCAACAGCAUGCGCUACCCGCCCCACACUGACAAAAAGCUGGGCUGGGCGCGCUUCUUCAUGCUCAAGCAGGUCAACGUGUGCAGGCUGCGGCGCAUGGCACUGCUGGCCACAUUGGCUGGCUUGGCAGCAUUUCUGCUCAAAGCAAAGGAAGUAAAACACCCCAAUUCUGUCCCAAGAGGUGCAAAAGUUUUGGCUUUGGUAUCUGCAAUGUAUUACUUUACACGCCUGUAGCUUCUAGGGGGGGUUCCUGUAGAAGACAAUUUGGUAGUUUUUACAUGUACCAUUGCACUUUAACCCCAGUAAAUAUUUUGGUCAUUUUUCUUACACGUUCAAAUCCAAUGCUUGGCACUAGACUCGGUGAUGACUAAAAUACUUUCUAGAUUACGCUAGCAAUUAAUAAGAGUAAUUUAAUAGAACAAUAAAAUUAAACCGGGUCUCCAUUUUUCUUGUAAUUCUAAAUUACUUUUUCAUCAACGUUCCUAUGACUAUGAAAUGUUGCUUUGUAGGAAACCGACAUCUGUAAAUAGAGCAUCGCCAUGAUUUAUUGUCAAUGAACAUGAUUUUUCUAAGAUUUUAUAAAAACUUGCAGAGAAAGUAUUUUCCACAUUUAUAUGACUUGUCGGAAUCCUCUACAUUAAAUCUUUGAAGUCUCAUGUAAUGUAUUUACACACAACGCUAUUGUACCGCACCACGGGUUAGUAAUCGACCCACACGCCAGAGACUGAAGACGACUCUGUUAACGUUUCCCCAGAAUAGCCGUUGGCUGCCCCUGUUGUUCCCAGUAAGACGCCUGUUGCCUUCAAGCACCGUAUUAAAAGAAACACGACUAAACCACAAAUGCAUUUGUCAGUCUU